GUUCCACUUUUAAUGGCCACUCACCCGGGCGGAGUUUCCACCAGGCAGCCAAAGCACUUUAUACAGCUGAAGGACUCUGGAAAGUUUCAACUAUACGACUUUGGCAAAGAAGGAAAUCAGAUCACCUAUGGCCAAUCCUGGCCCCCUGAUUAUCCGCUGGAAAAGGUCGAUCCAAUGACGCCCAUCCACUUGUUUUAUAGCGAUGGAGACCACACCGUCUCAUCAGAGGACAUUCCAAUUUUGGCCAGCAAGUUGCCCAGGUCGGUGCUACAUAAGAUCGAAAAGUCCAAAUGGGAUCACUCCGAUUUUAUUAUUGGGAAUACUGUAGAUGAAGUGUUGAAUCUACCUAUUAUCAACAUAAUCAAUGAAUUCGAGAAGAAUUAA